AUGGAUUCGCAUGUUGGAGAAGUUGAUAUAUUCCAACAAUGCAAGUAUAUUCAUGAGGUGGAACUUGUAAAUAUGAAGCUGCAAAUGCGAAUAUUGGAGACCCAUAUUGAGACAAAAGACCGACUUCUGAGAAAUUUAGAAGAUAUUAUAGAUGAGCAGGAGUCACGAAUUGCCAAUAUGGAAGAUUUUAUUCAAGUUCUUUCGUUGGAUUUCGGAACUCUUUCCGAGGAGAACUUGCGUCUGAAAAAUGCUCUGAGUCAGUUGCAAAAAGUGGCAAGAGUUAAUGAAAUACUGGAAACAGAUGAGGAUUAUGAGAGUGAUAUGACAAGUAAUGAGGAUCGAUUCGCUUUGAGAUCAGUGAGCCCCCAACCAACUGGUGACGUCAUCAAACCGUAUCCUCAAAUGGUUCAAUCAAUGAGAGAAGAAGGACAAAUUAAGAAACUUCAACGAUGUGCAGAAGAGUUGAAAAAUGAAAAAGACGAAUUGAGACGCCUUGCGAUUGAUACAAAGGAUGCAUUCAGCGUCUGCAUGGCUGAAAUGAAUAUGAUGCUCACGUCGAAAACAACUGAUUUCUUCCGAGUUCUCAUUGAGAGAUAUAAGGCAGAAAUGGAGAAAAGAAAGCAAUUGCACAAUCAAUUGGUUGAGUUGAAUGGAAACAUUCGAGUUUUCUAUCGUAUCCGUCCUCAACUUGCAUCAGAAUCUGAUAGUCAGAAGCCAGUUGUCGUGAUUGAUGAUAUGGAUAAUGGAGUAGUUCACGUUUCGAAUUCAUCUGGAUCACGGAAAACAAGUGCUGGAGCAGAUAAAGUGAUUCCGACUGACUUUUCUCAAGACCAGAUAUUCAACGAAGUAUCUCCAAUUAUAACAUCUUGUAUUGAUGGAUAUAAUGUAUGUAUAUUCGCUUAUGGACAUACUGGAAGUGGAAAAACAUACACAAUGGAUGGACCAGUGGAGAUGCCAGGAAUCAAUCAAAGAGCUAUUAUGCAAUUAUUUGAAACUGCAAAAGAAAGAACUGGAGAUAUUAAAUAUGAUAUCAAAGUGGCUAUGAUGGAGAUUUAUAAUGAGAAAAUAAGAGAUUUGUUGAACACUUCAAACACUAAUCUGGCAAUUCGUCAAACGGAAGAAGGCAAGAGUUCGAUUCCUGGAUUAGAAGAGGUCACAGUGAAUUCAGCCCAAGAAGUGACAGAGACAUUGGCACGUGGAAGAAAGAAUAAGUCUGUGGCUGCAACAGAAGCAAAUGUUGAAUCAAGUAGAUCACAUGUCAUUGUUCGAGUUUUAGUUUCAGCUACGAAUCUCAUCACUAAAGUAACUACAGUUGGACGAUUGAACUUGGUUGACCUCGCUGGAUCAGAAAGAGUAUCUCAAACAAAUGCUACUGGUCAACUUCUGAAAGAGGCUCAAGCAAUCAAUAAAUCGCUAUCAGAACUUGGAAAUGUCGUGUUGGCAUUACGUCAGAAUCAAAAACAUAUUCCAUUCAGAAACUGCCAAUUAACGAGGAUUCUUGAGGACAGUUUGAAUGGCGACAGUAAAACAUUGGUGAUUGUUCACUUGUCCCCUGAUGCGAAGAGUCUGAAUGAAUCCAUCAGCAGUGUCAAUUUUGCUGAAAAAAUUGGACAGGUUUUCACAAAAAGUGGAACAAUGAAAAGAGAACCAACUCGUAGAAGUAUGACUGGAAUCACCACUGGUCAGCGAAGAGAAAUUCCAGCAUCUCCAAAAAAAUAA